CGACAAUGGCUGUGGCGGCAACGGCAAUAACCACAAGAUUGAAAUUACUGUACCAGAAAAAAGGUUAAAAGAAGAGAACAAGAUCCGUACCUGUCUACGACGAGACAAAGAUGGACACUGUGAGCACUACUACAUCUUUUGCAAAGCAAAAAGAAGGAUCCGACAAGAACAAGAUCAGUCAAGUACCAUCAACAACGGAACAAGGAGAAAAGGACGUACCAGAGAAAAAGAAGACAACAGCACCAUCAGUCGUGCAAACAAGAGAAGAAGAACAAAAACCAGCUAAUGCACCCCGUUUGGCAACCCGGCGCAGUGCUUUAUCGGAUCGACGCCGGCGGCCCGGUCGACCACCGACCACGAAGCGACUUAUGGAACAACAACAACAACAACCCGCACUUUUACGACGCAGCUCGCGCCAUGUCAUGUCUUACACAAGUGUUGUCAAAUGCAUUUGUGAUACGCCGGAUGAAGAGUUCGGACCUAUGGUUCAAUGCGACGACUGUCAGCGAUGGCUCCAUCUCGACUGUUUAAAAAUGAGUGAAGCCGCAUUGGGCAAAACGUUUCGAUGUCCACUCUGCUUUGUUGCAUUGGGCGGUUGCAAAGAAACGAACAAGCUUGUCAGUUCAAUGACCUGGCGCUUUGCUGCACGUCGACAAAGUGAACAAAUGGCCGCCGCUGCUGCCGCCGCUGCUGCAGCUGCUAAAAAGGGUCCAACCACCGAUGAUGAUGAUGAUGUGUUGUCUUGCUCUUCUGAUGGUGACGAUGAUUCAGAAUCGAAUGAUUAUAACUUGAACAAUGCGCCUCCACCGCCACCUCUUUUGCAACAACGAGGACGCCGUCGUCAUCGUCGCCGAUUUGAAAAGCCACAACCAUCUCAACAACAAGUAGGACGAGUCAUGCUGUCCAUUGUGACACCGCCAUCAUCAUCGUCAUCAUCAACAGCAAUUGAAGCAUUGACCGCAGCAGAAGUAGCAGAACAGCACCAUUCUACGGCCGCCAUGGAUUUGGAUGAUCACUGUAGUACAACCAGUAGCAGUGAUGACAAUAGCCCUAGUGAAGCCAGUACGCCUGAACAAACGUUCUAUCCGACCGAUCCGUUCGAUGCCAUGGAUACCGACAAUCAACAACAACAACAACAGCAAGAACCACAAGAAAUGGCUUUGGAUUUCGAUAGCAUCGAAUUUCUUUCCCGUCUCGUUUAUCUCCAAUCAUUGGAUUCAAUGCAAAAAGAAGUAUUUGCUCCCAACGCAUCUGAUGUAUUCUUGUAUGAAGAUUCGUAAGUUCUCUAUCUCUCUCUCUGUUUGUGUGUAUAAAGACACUCUGUCUUAAGACUAAAUCUGUAAUAGGAAUAACAAGCGGGAUACUGCUACCGCUACGACCUCGGGAGGAGCAGUAGGCGAUCCGGCAACAGUGAUUAUGAUGAAAAAGACAGUAGGAGGAGGCCUUAACACGCCAGGUGUCAUCCCUAGGUACCCAUCCGAUACGUUGCCAUCUUCAAUGUGUCCUCAGCUAUUGAAGGAAUUCUCGUUCGAUUCUGGUCCAUUCUGGAAAACCAUGCGUUGAUUGUCCUUUAAAAG